GAGCAUAGGCAGCAGGUCUCGCGACCAUAGAGAUAUUAAGAUAGAGUAAGCAAGCCUGUAAGUGGAAGCGUAUAUAGAAUAUAGAGUAGUGGAGUAGAGUUAUCUAUAUAAUAUCUCUAUGCUCGCGACUCGGCUCGAUGCGAUAGUCAACUAUAUCUGCAAUGAACACCCUUACAAUGGCUUACAUAUACCUAUAAUAAAUAACAAAUUAAUGAAAGCAGCAUCUAUAGAAAGAUCAUGAACAACAUCAUAGACAUUGGGUUUGCAGAGGAGUGUGAGUCCUGGCGUUUGUGUAGUCGCUUUUUUCCCAGCAAAAUUGGUGGAAAGCCAGCCUGGCUGGAUCUCCAACAUAUACCUACAGCUGAGCAGCUUACCUGUGAUUACUGCCAGAAUCCUUGUAUAUUCCUUUGUCAGGUGUAUGCACCCUACGACGACGACGACAGGACAUUCCAUAGGACGCUUUUUGUGUUCGUCUGCAGAGACCCGAGCUGUUGCAAGGACAACGAGAACGGCAACGUGAGAGUCUUCAGAUCCCAGCUUAGUAAGGUAAAUAUUUUCUACCCGUCCGAUCCACCUGUCGAGAAACAGCAUUGGAGGUCUGAUAUCAGUGUGGAGAAAUGGACUAAGACAUGUAAUUUAUGUGGUAUCUUCUCAUCCAAACAAUGUUCUAUGUGUAAAAAAGUCAACUAUUGUGGUAGGUUCCAUCAAGUCUGGGACUGGAAAAAUGGGCACAAAAGCUCCUGUGACAGGAAAAAUAUAACAAGUAGCAGUUCUAAGUUUUUAUUCCAAGAAUAUGAGCUUGUGAUAGAAAGAGAUGACUGUCACCAAGAAAGUGAGGAUAGUAAUGAAAAAGAUAAAGUUGAAAAGUAUGAGUUUACAAAAGCUGAAAAAACUGGAAGUCUUCAGUUAGAAAAGGAAAUCGAUGAUGAUUUACUCAUGAUGGCUAACAGCUUUGAAGAUAAGACAUUCUCUAAAUUUACAAAGAGGAUAAAGAGUAAUCCUCAUCAAGUAUUAAGAUACAACAGAGGUGGUAAGCCUCUGUAUAUUUCAUCAGAAAACCAGAUGGAUGAUAUUCCAAAAUGUGAGUGCGGAAGUGAAAGACAGUUUGAGUUUCAAAUAAUGCCUCAACUGUUAGUAAAGUUGAAUUUAGAUAAUGUUUUGCAUAAUAUUGAUUGGGGAGUCUUAUUAAUCUACACUUGCAAACACUCGUGUGCAACGACCCACAAAUAUGCUAAUGAGUAUGUUUGGAAGCAAGAUAUUGUUAAAGUCCCAAUAAAUGAUUCAAAAUAAAAAAUUUGGAAAAUGUUUAAAUCUUUAAUCAUAACUUUUUGUUUUCUGUAUGUAUAAAUUUUU